AUGGCAGCUGUUAUAGAUACAGAUACAUACAAUUCUAGUGGCAGUCAUAUUUUCUCAUCAGAUCUGUUAAGUGAGGAGUUUAUUCAAGUACUUGAUUCUUUUAUGGAAAGUGCUUCACCAAAUCCCUCAAUUUCUUCUACUUAUUCUUCUAACUUUUACCCUUUUGGAUCUUCUUGUUCUUCAAUCUGUUCCGAGUCCAAUUUGAAUCCUGAUUUUGUCUCAAUCCCGUCCAAACCCCAGAUGUUUUCUCCAGUUUUUUCAAGUUUUAACCAAAAGGGUGAUCUUAAUCGCCUCACCCCAUCACAGUUUAUGCAAUUCCAGGCUCAAUUCCAAUUCGAACAGCGGCAAUUGAUGCCUCAGGGCAACUCAUUUAUGCGGUUUCUUAGCCCAAAACAUGUCCCUAUGAAGAAAGCUGUGAUUCCCAUGAAGGCUGCAAAGCUUUACCGGGGAGUAAGACAGAGGCAUUGGGGCAAAUGGGUAGCUGAAAUUAGACUUCCGAGGAAUAGAUCCCGGCUGUGGCUUGGAACUUUUGACACGUCUGAAGAGGCUGCCUUGGCUUAUGAUAAGGCUGCAUAUAAACUGAGAGGAGAGUCUGCGAGGCUCAAUUUUCCUAAUCUUAGGCAUCAGUUAUGUGGAUUCAAGUUGCUGCAUUCCUCUGUUGAUGCAAAACUUCAAGCCAUUUGUGAAAACUUGGCUAAUUCACCGAAGCAGGGGAAGAAUCUGGGGAAAGCCCGUUCUGUUUCGAAUCAAAAGAAUAAAAUUUUAAAACAAACAGGCAACAAGAAGACGAAAAAUGUUUUGAAUGAGCCAUUAAAUGGAGGCUUUGGGGUUGACAGUAUCCUGGUUGAGGGGGCCUCAUCAUCAGCGUUCCCAGUGGAUGAAGGGUCAGCAUCACCUGAAUCCGAUAUCACCUUUCUGGAUUUCUCCGAGCCAUCAUUUGAUGAAUUUGAUAACUUUAUGUUGCAGAAGCACCCUUCGGUGGAGAUAGACUGGGCAGCCUUAUAA